AUGUUGUCCAAGCUAGUGAAGCUCAACAACGGUUCAUAUCUCCCAUACAUGGGAUUGGGCACCUGGGAACUCAGGAACGCCACCGAAGUUGUCAAGGAAGCCCUGAACAUCGGGUAUCGCCUUAUCGAUACCGCAGUUUUGUACGGUAACGAGAAGGAGUGUGCCCAGGGCGUGCUGGAGUGGAUGAAGGAGGACCCAGAGCACAACCGAAGAGAACAUGUUUGCUACAUCACCAAGCUGUGGACCAAUCAGCACGGCUACGAAAACGCCAAAAAAGCAAUUAAAGGGUGCUUGGAGCAAAUCGACGGCCUGAAAUACAUUGACUUGCUCUUGAUUCAUGCCCCUACACAGGGCAAGAAAAUGAGACUUGAGACAUACCAAGCCAUGCAGGAGGCGGUUGAUGAAGGCGUUGUGAAGUCAAUUGGCGUGUCCAACUACGGAAUUGGCCACUUGAAAGAGCUGCUAUCCUGGCCGGGUCUCAAAUACAAACCUGUUGCCAACGAGAUCGAGGUUUCUCCAUGGUGCAUGAGGCAAGAGCUUUGCAACUUUUGCAUUGAAAAUGACAUCGCUGUUAUCGCAUUUGCUCCAUUUUCUCACGCCAAUCGCAUCAACGACCCUGAUGCGGUUGCAAUUGCCAAGAAAAAAGGCGUUACACCUGCUCAGGUCCUCGUUAGAUGGUCGGUUCAAAAGGGUUACGUUCCCAUCCCUAAAACUAAAAAUCUAGAUAGAUUGGCCACCAAUUUCGACGUCCUUUCUUUCGAAUUGUCGGAUGAGGAGAUGAAAACACUUGAUCACCCAGACGUUCACGAUCCUUCCGACUGGGAGGUCACCACCUGUCCAUGA